AAAAAAAAUCAAAAGGGGCGGAUAACUCUGACUUCAACUGUAUGUACAGUAUUGAGACAGAGGUGCCAGAGUGCUGUAGCAUGAUACUACAAUAUAUUUUCAAAAGCAGAAUGUGGAGACAUUUUAAUAACCCACAAUCAAAAAUCAUAUCACAAUGGGUGCAGAGCCAGUGAUUGUUUUGUAGGCAAACAUCAGUGCCCUGAAUAUGAUGCGAGUAAGUAUUAGAAACCAAUUUAAACUGAUGAAAACCGGUGUUAAAUGUGCUGUUUUGAUCAAAAUCCCGGAUCUGUAGGUGUAAUUUUCAUUCACUCCACCCUCUCUUGAGUAAAUUUACUCCACACUUCUGUACAUACAGAGAAACAGUUUCCUUGUUCCUGAAGAGAUGCAAACAACACAUGAACGCUCAGGUAUUACAUUUUACCCUUCUCUAUUGAUGUUUUUAAUAUAUAGAUAAAUACAGGUGUAAUAUAUAACAAGCAUUUGAAUAGUAAAUGGGAUUCUUUUCAGUUUUUAGUGUUUGAGCAGUAGCUUUUACUUUCAUCUUUUUCAUUCUCAAAGAACAAAUCCAGUGUCUGCAAAAGUGUUGUGAACCAUAAAGCUUUUGGUACAAGUAUAAACGAUAAGAAACGUUAUCAGAGCUGUACUACCUUCAGUAUGUUGCUCAUAGUUUAAUCAAAACACUGUUUUGGGUUGUUGAUACUGUAUAGUGAGAGAUUAUCUUUAUGGGAUAAUGUACAGAUAACAACACAAAAUCAAACCAUAUUAAUAUUAUAUUCUUUUAUUUAGUUUGCUUCUUUUUUAAUAAUACAAAACAGUUUAUUUUAGAAGUUAAACCAAAAACACCUGAAGGUAUAAAACCUGUUCAUUUGAUUAAACAGGACAAGGAAGGUCACAUGGUGUUUGUUGUAAGGAGAACUGCUGCUAGUUCAGUUUACAGUACCUUAUAGAAUACAGGUUACUCCUAAAGCCUAUUUACAUUACAUGACUUUAAACAUCGGCAGAUCACUGUGUCAUCUGCACUAAAUGACUUCAUUUUGUGUCUUUUAAUUACUGUGGUGUUCACACUACAUGACUCUUCAUAAACGAUUUUCAAGAGGGGUAUCUGGGGUGGCACUGGACACCCCUGACAUCGAAUUGGCCACCCGAAAAUUUUAUUUGCUGCUUGCAGUUCCUGAUGCUGAUUGACAUCUCAUUUGUCGAAAGACGUUUUUGAAUUUUGCCAGCAACGCUCAAACUAUUUUUACAUUAAUGACGAGCCGAAGACAAGAGCAUGGUUUCAAGUCAGACGAAUUAUAAUAAUACAUCAUUAAAUAAUAUUUGAAAUACGUUUUGUCGUUUAUUAUAAGGUUUGUUUGCUGAGGAACGUUUAUUAUCCGCUGUGUAAGUUAACAAGGCAUCGACAACAUUAGUUAACUUAAUGAGAUUUGAGAGGUCAAUUCACUCUUAAGACAGUAAACGCUAUAUUUCAUCUGUGCUAAUAUUACAUGAACAUGCAUUACAUGUAUGCAGGGGUGAACUGGCCAUCUAGCAGACCGGGCACUUUUCCACUGGGCCGACGUACUUUUUGGGCUGGGCUUCAGUAGUUCACACAAAGACUGCCGCACUGCGAGCACCUGCAGAUUUUUUCCCGAUCACAGCCCGAUCCGUCGGUGAGCUCAUUAACUUUCAAAUCAGGCUCAACUCAAGCUUAAAAUCCUGCAGUGUGAACUAGGCUUGAGCAGCUUUACAGUAUCGUAAGAUUGUACAAUGCCAAAUCUGAAACAUCACUAUGGACAAUGACAUCUGGGCUUUGCGACACUGUGUUAACAUGUGCUCUUCAUCAGAUUUGUUUAUCAAAUAUUUUAGAACAUUGAUAAUAUUAGAAACAUUAGAAUAGGCCUAUAUAAGGUUUGCCACACUCCUGCAAGCAGAACAUUUAUUUGGUUGAAUGCAUGUUUCUACUUCAACAAUCUAUCUCGCUCUGUUUAUGAAUGUGCUCAGUAAAGAGCAGGCAUUCACUCAGUGUUGCAUUUUUGCAGUGGGUAGGGCGUGGUGACAACAUCAUAAUGUCAGUCUGGUUACUCUAAAGGGUUUUAUCUUCUGCUAUUGUGAUCUACUCCACUAGAUGACAGUAACUGGACAAAAAACAGACUGAAUUCAGAUAAAGACACAUUCAUGUUUUACAGUACUUCAUAAGCAGCUAUUUCUAUACUUUGUAUGUUUUAUAACUUUACAUUUUCCUCUUUUUUGAAGAAACAGCAUAUGCAUUUUCAACCCUAAAUAAAUGUGUACGUAUGACAAUGAACAGUAGAACACACAACACGAGGAGGUUUAGAUGUUGGACAUGAACACAGAAAAAAGACUCUGUCAGCAUCCAUCAUCAAGGACAGAAUGGACAAAAGAGAUGGCAAGGUGGAGAUUAUCCGCAGAAGAAGCAACAGCAUGGAACAUCCCGAUAUAAAGAUGUCUAAGGCUGGAGCGAUCACUGCAUCACUGAGUGAUCUGAGGAUUGUUCUGCUGGGGAAGACCUUGUCAGAAAACUGCAGAGUUGGAGAUAUGAUAUUAGUAAAUAAAGUGUUUAACAGUGAAGCUUCCUCUGAUCAAGUGCAGAGGCAUAGAAGAAUGCACAAGACUGUUAUCAACGUUCCUCAUCUGCUCCAGCCACAUCUCUCAGAUGAUCAGAUCACACAGACAGUCAGAAAGUGUGUGAGUCUGUCUUAUCCAGGACCUCAUGUGAUUGUUCUGCUCCUCCAACAUCAGCAGUGUUCAGCAAAAGAUUUAGAGCAUGUGGAGAAGGUGCUCAACUAUUUCUCUUGCAAGGCUUUUGAACACACCAUGGUCUUCACAACAGAAGAAGCAGAACGUGUAGAGCUGAGUAAAGUCAAUUACUUUAUAAAGGAAAUUAUUAAAAAAUGUUUUAACAAACAUUACAAACUCACAAAAAACAGCUCAUCUGCUGAUCUAAGAGAGAAAUUAGAGACAUUUGUACAAACAAAUGGUAGAAGCUAUCUCGAAUGUAAUGAGUUUGAAGAUUCAGCAGAUUUAGGAGAAUCAAUGGAGCAACAAGUCAUGAAAGUAGGUUGUAAAGAGUUACCUCUGACUCUUGUGCUGUUUGGAAACUCUGCAUCAGUCCAGUUUGGACAGGACAACUUUCUGUUUGGAGAAAAACAGUUAUUUUUUAAUGCAGCAGAAACUUCAAGGAUUGUUCCUCUUCAGAGGAAAAUAGCUGAAUGCUUUGUUAGUGUGAUCAACAUGACUGACUUACAUGAGACUGAACUGUAUCCGGACACAAUUAAUCAAUCCAUUGAUCAUCUAGUGAAGGAAAAUGAAAUCCAUUCAUUCAUCUUUGUUUUGCGACUGGGCCGGCUGACAGAUGCUGAUAAAACAGGUCUAGAAAGGCUUCAGAGAGUGUUCGGUGAGGAAGUUCUUCAGUUUGUGCUGAUUCUCUUCACUUAUGAGGCAGAAGAAGAGCGAGCCUCCAUUACAGAUGAUCUGAAGAAAAACCCAGUUCUGGAGCAACUGCUGGAGAAAUGUGGAGGACGAUACCACACCUGCAAUAAGAUGAUGAACAACCAGUCAGAGAUGAGGGAACUGAUGAACAAGGUUGAGCAUCUGAUUAAGGAGAAUCAACAGUGCUACAGUGGAGAAAUUUACAAAACUAAAACAAGGCAAAACUACUCAAAGAGUAAAAGUGAUGAACUCACAACCUGCAAAGAGAAUUCUGAGCAUAUAACAAGCAUGAAGAAAGACACACAUGUGGGGAUAGCUUCGGUGGAAGAAACAAGGCUGGAACAAGACAAAGGAAAGCAAAUGAAUGAGAAGAUAAAGGAUCUCUUUAACAGACUUGAUCUUCAAGACAGAAAACCUAUACUAGCUGCAGAUGUUCUUCAGUUAACUGCACAUUCAUCACAGUCCCACGAGUCUUGUGAUGAGAAGAAACUGGUUCAGAUUUUUUUCAAUAAACUACUGAUGAUGAACUAUAGUGCAAGAUACAUCACAGUUCAUGAAAGCAAUGAACAGUAUCACAUUCAGCGAAGAGACAAUAACUCAAGUGCAGAAAUGUGUGAUUUUUUUAAAGCAAUGGGUUUUUCUAGCAAAGAAAUAUUUCAAUCUGAACUCAUUCACCCAAUGGAUGUUCAGAUGGCUGUGUUUCAUCAUGCUGAUGGUUUCCUGAAGCAGCUGAUGGUCACUAAACUGUCCCAGUGUCAGUUCGCUCUGCCUCUGCUUGUUCCUGAUCCAGAAACUCAACAGAUUGAGUUUCCUCUCUGGACAUUCAGACAAAUCAACAAGAGCUGGAAGAUCAGAAACACCAACAAUGAAACCAUCAGUCAAACCCAGCCCAUCUACAAGGCACAAACUCCAAUGGUGUUUUUCUUCAGGUUUGGCUCUGUGUCUUCAUCCAAGUCUCAGCUGAUGAACAGUCUGAUCAAUGACAAACACAACACGUUCUUCCACAGGAACUGCCCAGGCAGCAGCAGAUCCAGAGUCCUGAUGGAUGGAGUGGUGGAGAUCGCCUGGUUCUGCCCUUCUGGGAGAAACACAGAUACAUUUACUGACUGUGUGGCCUUCUGUAAUCUACAUGGAGAUGCAGGAGACCACGAGAAACAGUGGAGGAUUCUCACUGAGAUGGCCUCAGUCAAUGUGCUUCUUCUGCAACAAAUAGACAGAAAUGUCAGACAUGCAGAAAAGAUCCAAAACCUCUACAAGGACUCAAAACCACUUAUUUGUCUUUUUUCUGAAGAUGAAUCUGCUGUAACUGAGCAUAAAAAAGGGAAAUACAAAAUUGGUAUGAAAGGCAGAAGUCAGUCAGAUGUCUCUAUAGAUCUCAGAAGAGCAAUAAAUCAUUGUCUCUCAGAAUCAUCCUCCACUUUCAGACUUGAAGAUGUGUCCAAACACUUAGACAUCAGAGUAGAUGAGGAAGAUGAUGAAGACUGCAGGAGAGGAAGAGCAGCAGCACAGCGGAUGAUCAGUUUACUGGAGAAGAAAAAACUGACAGAAAUCAAAGAAUCAUUUCUGCCUCAUCAGGGGAAACUGUGGCAUCAGUGGAGUCAGAAGAACAAAGAGCUACAUCGACUCCGAGGAGAUGAGAUAGAAACCAAAAUCAGUAGAAAACAAACAGAGAUGAUGAAAAUUCGUGAAGAGCAGCAUGAAUCUGAAAUGAAUUCUUUGAUACAGUUGUUUCUUAAACAAAUAUCAGAUGCUACAAAUAAGACAUAUUUUCUAAAAUGGCUGGAAAUCAUCUUGAAUGAAUGCACUUUAAGUGAGAAAACUCACAAAGACAAACAAGCUGAACUUGAGAGAAUAUCUGAGGAUCUUCAAGCUGCAGCCUUUGGUCUGGAGCACAUCAUGAGGGAGAUCGGUCAGAUCUAUGAAUCAUGUUCAUCUGUGAAGGAGAACAAGAAAGAUCUGCCGGUUCACUUCUCUUCUCUCCCGAGUCUCGCAGCAGAGAUGAUGAUCUCUGGGUUUCCACUGGAGCUGAUGGAUGGAGAUGCUGCUCAUGUUCCUCUGGUCUGGAUCUCUGCUGUUCUUGAUCAACUGGUCCAGAAACUGGGAGACCAGACCAGAGUCUUUGUGCUGUCAGUUUUAGGGCUUCAGAGCUCUGGGAAAUCCACCAUGCUGAACGCCAUGUUUGGACUCCAGUUUGCCGUCAGUGCUGGCAGGUGCACCAGAGGAGCUUUCAUGCAGCUGGUCAAAGUGUCUGAGGAGAUGAAAACACAACAAAAGCUUAAGUUUGACUAUUUAAUGGUUGUUGAUACUGAGGGUCUUCGUGCUCUAGAACUGGAUGGAAGAUCAGCAAGACGCCAUGAUAAUGAAUUGGCCACAUUUGUUGUUGGUCUUGGAAAUCUGACAUUAAUCAACAUCUUCGGAGAAAACCCAUCUGAGAUGCAGGACGUUCUUCAGAUUGUGGUGCAGGCCUUCAUGAGGAUGAAGAAGGUGAAACUGGAUCCCAUCUGUUUGUUUGUUCAUCAGAAUGUUUCAGAUGUCACAGCUGGAGAGAAAAAUGAGGAAGGAAGGAGACGACUGCAGAAAACUCUCAAUGAGAUGACAAAACAUGCUGCAGAAGAGGAGGUUUAUGAUGCUGAACAUUUCAGUGACGUAAUUAGAUUUGAUAUAGAGAAAGAUGUGAAGUAUUUUGCUCAGCUCUGGGAGGGCAGUCCACCAAUGGCUCCACCAAACCCAAACUACUGUGAGAAUAUUCAAGAACUAAAAGAUACAAUUAUAACUCAUGCAUCAAAAUCAGAUGGAAUGGUUCUAACACAUUUUAAGGAUCGCAUCAAUGAUCUUUGGAAGGCUUUACUGAAUGAACAGUUUGUCUUCAGCUUCAGGAAUUCGCUGGAGAUUUCAGCCUACAGAAAACUGGAGACUGAAUACAGCAAGUGGUCCUGGAGUCUCCGCAGUGCCAUGAUGGAAAUUGAGAACAAACUACAGAACAAAAUAGAAAAUGAAGCAAUUCAUGAGGUUGUGGAAACUGAUCUUGAAAGGGAACUGAAGGAGACAAGUGAAGAAGUGGAAAAAUCAAUGACAGAAUAUUUUGACAGAGACCCAGAUGCAGAUAUACUGAUUCAGUGGAAAAUGACAUUUGAAAUCAAAAUCAAAGAUGUUCAAGAAAAUAUUGUGAAAGAAACAAAGAGGAAAUUAAAUUACAUUCAUCAGCAACAAGACAUGAAGAAAGAGAUUGAUGCUCAGAGGACACAUCAUGAAAACACUCUUCUUGAAAUGAGUAACAAAUAUGCAUUAAAACUUAAAGAAAAAACAAAUGAUGAGGAAACACUGAAGAAAGAGUUUGAUUUGUUCUGGAAACAAUACGUGAAAACAAUCAUUAGAGAUACUCCUCCAAUCAAAGACAUUGAUAUAAUGAGAGAUGUAAGAAACAUCCUUAGAGACAUUUAUGAAAGUACUCCUGUAGAUCAUUGGAGGGAGAGCAGUGACAUGUUCACCAUUCCAGAUUAUUCUCAGCAUGUUAUUUUAAAAAAGGAGUUCAAAGAAUCUUCAUAUAAUUUAUCCGAUACUCAAACAUUUUCUUCGAGAGGCAAAAUAAAAUCCUUUGUCGAAGAUGUUGCCCAGCACACAGACAAAAUUAUUCAGUCAUUUAACAUUUCAAGGAUUGGCUACAACAACAGCGUCAUUCAACAACUCAUAGAUUACAUCAAGACAAGACUAACAGAACAUGAGAAAGGACCAGCUGAAUAUGUGUUCAAGAAAGAAUUCUUUGUGGAUUUAGUUGAUUCCAUCUGUAAAAGAGCAAACAAGAUGAUCACUGACCAACAAAGUCUGUUUAAAGAAGCCAAUGAUCCUCAAAUAUAUGUUCAGAAGAAGAGAGAGGAGUACUAUAGCAUUUUCCAAAAACACUGUCAUGGAGCAAAUUCAGCUGUUAUUUUUGGUGAGAUCUUCUGUCAGAAACUGAAGGAGCCCAUUGAGCAGAGCGUCUACAAGAAAACUGCCAGAGAUUUAGCAGAUGAAAUCAUGAAAAACUGUAAAUCACUGAAUGGAAACAGAUCAAAUCUGGAGAAACACAUCCUGAAGACACUGGCAGAGGAGGAGGACUUUGACAAAUACAUGAACUACAUUCACAAUCCCAGGGGCCACUUUGAGAGUUUCAUCAGAGAUGAAGUCAGUCGCUACAUCAGAGAUAAGUUCAGCAUCAGUGUUUUACCCAAGAUGAAGGAGAACAUUAAACUCCUGCAGCAGAAGAUCAUGAACGCAGCACAUCAAUCUACUGAACAUGUUCAAGUCAACAGUGGAGAUGUUGGUUUGUGGUUGAAGAGUUUCACACAGCAGCUCUCAGAUCAGCUGAUCUUCUCUGAAAAACACCUCAGUGGAGUCAAACAUGAUGAUGUUGAUGUAAACCUCUUAGAUGUGGUAAACAAAGAGCUCCCUACGAUAAUGUCAGACAUCAGCAAACGAUUCAGCUCUAAAACCUUUCCAGUGAAUCUGGACAAUAAAGAUAGACCAGAUGAGCUUCUGAUUGAUCACUUCUGUCAGUGCUGUUGGGUUCAGUGUCCGUUCUGUGGAGCCACCUGCACAAACACCAUAGAAAACCAUCCUGGCGAUCACAGUGUUUCCUUUCAUCUUAACAUUUCACUAAACGGGAUACAUUAUCACAAUACAACAAUCUUGUCUCCUCUUAUCUGUACAUCAGCAGUAGGCAAAAGCAAUCUGUAUUUCUAUCCAGUUUUAUCAAACGAUAAAAUCCCCUGGGAAGACUACAGAAGAGCAGGAGGAGUUUUUGCAGACUGGAGCAUCACUCCUGAUUUGUCUGAACUGCCCUACUGGAAGUGGUUUGUGUGCCGAUUCCAGAAAGAUCUGGAGAAAAAGUAUGAAAAAACAUUCGAAGGGAGUGGUAAGAUUCCAGAUGAGUGGAGAAAAUACACAAAGCAGGAUGCUACUGACGGUUUGGACAAAUACAUUUGAAAUAUCACAAAUUCAAGGACCAGAAGUUUACAUUUUAGACAAUUCUGAAAUCAGCUAAACUUCACUCUACUGAAUGGAUCAGACAUUGAAGAAAUGAAAAGCUUCCCAAUAUGCUAAUCUGAUUCAAGAGAUUCUUACUAUUGAUACAUUUGUAGUUACCUAUAUAUUUUGGAUUAACACUUACAGGUCUUCUAUUUUACCCCUUUUACAAGAUGUAAGAUAAGUCUUUGGUGUCUCCAGAAUGUGUGUGUAAAGUUUCAGCUUGAAAUAUCCAACAGAUCAUUUAUUAUACCCUGCUGAAUUUAGGAAUUUUAGAGUAAAAUUGCAUUGAAACUGCUGCCUGUGUCUUUAAAUUCAAAUGAGCUGGUUCUCCCCACCUCUCACCUUUCUCCUAUAUGUAUCUGCUACUACUAUGUCAGGUCACACAAAACAGUCGCGAAUGAAGCAGAUAUUCAGGUCACCAAGUAAGUUCAAUUAAUGUAUUUGUUGUGGAGUUUAUUAAAACCUUUCUUCAAUGAUGAGUCACACAAGUGCCAUUGCAAAGUUCGCAGUAUGCACACACAGACAUGUAUCUUUGCACCAUUAGUGCAUGUCUAAUUGAGACAAAUAUGACAGGAUACAAGUUAAUAAAUACUGUUAUUUACACUGCUAUAUCCAUUAUACUACUGUACAAAAUAAACCAGAUUUAACUUCCACAAA